GUCGCACCAGAGCUCAUGAUUCUAAUCGUACCGUACGAUUACCGUUACAAUCACCACCAACACAAUCAUUACAAUUGUGAUUAUUUGUCACCUCAUCGAACGAUCUGAGCAGCAGGAAUACGUGCGGUAGAUGGUAGAGGGAAAAUUUCGACCGGAUCGCAACCACUUCCCUAUAAUCAGCAGCAGUAGCAAUACCAUUAGCAGCAGUAGCAGCAACAAGGUUGAUGACGAAAGCGACGCUCAACCAAACAAAAUGAAAUCAUCGGAUUUAGAGUCGGCAGUCGGCAACGAUGCCAACACCGACAGUAGUUUCUCCUCCAAUGCGCAUGCUUCUACUGUUGAACACUUGGCGUCGGAUACUGUGUCGGCUGUGAGGGCUUUUGUAGAAGCUUUGCGGAUCGAGUUCCAGGCCGAUGCACGACUUCCAACAAAACUGCGGCCAACGAUGAUACCUCUCUACACAAGAAUGAAAGAACGCGGUAUUGUCGAACAAGUUCGCGCAAUUUGCCUCCGAGAACAAAUAGAAAUGUCGCCAUCACUAAAGCCAGUAGAUCAGAAGAAGGAGUGUAUCGAUUGCGAUAGCAAGCACGAAGAGAACGAAGAUAUUAGGGAAGGCCAAAGCGACUCGUUUCGGCGAGAGCGCCACAGCAUCAUGCUGGAAGUUGCACUGCCUCUCGCUGAAGUGUUGGCCAGGUGUUACAAUGUAUUGGACGCUCUCCCAGACGAGAAACCACAAGUGCACUCCAAUGACCCAAAGAAGCCGAGUUCUAUUCCGAAGGCUCGUCAUCGGAACAACAGAAACCGCCCAAAACCACCCCGAGGAAUGUUAUCCAUUCAAGACUAUACUGACGUGGCUUGCUUGCUCGAAUUCAUGGUGUGUACCGGAAUACUUCCCUCCUUCGACGAAUUAAAAUGGGAAUCGGGAUCGAUGGGUACAGAGUGUACCAACAAGAACCAAGCGACAACACCCACGUCUUCCUCUAUCAUCGAGGAACGAAUACGAACAAAGUUGCCAAAAUCAUUGGCGGGGCGGAUACCCAAAAACGCUCUGCGGUGGGGGAUACUUUUGCCAUCGUUGUCAAGAUCAUCGAUGUCGAAGAGAGCAUCCAAUGACUUGUCACUUCUUGUUCAUACCACCGAAACAGUGGCAAAGUUGGUUUUGUUGGAUCGCUUCCGACCAAUGUUAUUUCCGAGGCACGUGGUCGAUCUCUACGAAGCGAUCUUUUGGGCGGAAUUUCAUGCGGCCAACGGGAUCGGGUCAAAGCAAGGGCGCACCAGCCAAAGGGAAUCGAGCGAGGAUGUGACUACAGACAACGCAGGGCAAAAAAACAGCAUGCACAAAAAGAAUAUUGUUGAUACAGAAUUUUAUCGGGUUUUGGGAUUGUCGCUGCCAUCAUUCUCGUGUCCGCCGUCUACAGAAGGUAGGACAAAGAUAACAGCUGCUGUAGUCGAUCCAACCGUUCGAGCUUCAGCCUACCAAACAUUGCUAUCGCCAUCGUGUUCGCUAUCACAAGGUACAAAAAGCCAAAACACGUGGCUUCGAAGGCGUAUCUCGGCACUCCUGACGGAAUUGGCCACACGUGAUGUUCGGGGACUGGCAGCAAUCGUCACCGUUUUUGUGCCGGUGGUUUCUUCAUCAAACGAUCAAACCUCAUUGAUAAGCGGCGCUGCAAAGCGGUUGGGUCGAACUUUGGUAGCUAUGACUUCGUUUUCUUCGUCAUCGAACGAACAAGAACAAAGGGAAAAGGGGGCAAUGCAAGGGAGUCUUUGUCAUCAACUUUUAGCUUUGCUCACAAGUGCCUUUCCAGUGAUAACCGAGACCGCUGGAACGAGUACUAUGAGUAGGAACAUGGUCAUCCCACCUCGUUCCAUGGCAGUGAUUCAAACUGCUUGGGCCGUGUUGGAACAACUGUCACAACAAGUGAUCGACGAUCACAUCUUGGGGGCAUGGGCAAAUCGAUUGUUUUACAGUGAUGACAUGAGGGUGAAUAUGACAUGUGGAAACAGCAUCCAAGGAACAUUUAUACAUCAGAGUAUUCGACAAAUCGGUGCGCUUUGCGCGUUUGUACCUCCCCAUUCAAGUUCUGCUCUCAGGAUAUUGCAACAAAUGUUUCUGGACAGGAACUCUUUUCCCAACAAAAUUUCAAUCUCGAGCUGUGAUAACAAAAAUGAUAAGAGCAAUUGCAAUAUUUUAGGGCAAAUCCUUCGCGUGGCAAUGCUCACCUCCCCUUCAUUGGGAGAAACAAGCCCGUCGGCUUCCAAAGAUGCCGAGUGGACCCUUCUGUGGCUCACACAAGCCCUUUACGGCGACGAUGAGAAAUUUCGAGACCGCAUCGUAGAUGCAUGGAUUUCUGCGCUGGUACCCACAGAAUGGGACUUGGAAGGCUUCCGGUUCGUUCGCACAACUCGUGCACCAAAGGCGUUGAAUAGCGGCAUCGGUGCAGAAUUCUUAGAAAUAAAACACCACCAUCGGUUAGAAGAUCGAAGCGAGAUUGAAGACUUUGCUGCGUUGGUUGAAUCCACUACCGAGCGCGCAGAGUUUUUCGUAAACAAUGUGCUUGUCGUCUUGGCACCCAAUACUUCAAUCAAAUGCACUGACAAUAGUGACGCCAAAAUGAAACCCAGUCAGUCUACGCCGCUAUCACAGGGGCUGCCAUCAAGAAUAUUUAGAUUGCUUCUGCGUGAAUACAUCUCGUGCGAAGAGAAACACCACACUGGCAUGAGCAGCAGCAGCGCAACAUCGAGAUUAGUUGCUACCAUUCUCUUGCCCAUUUUGUGCGAGAAAUGCCCACAAGAGCAACUGUUGUUUGGAGAGAACCGAGAAAAUAUGAUCGGACUGGUUAGUCUUAUACGAGAAGUAUUGUCAAAAUUAGCAGCAGCACCUUCUGAUCUGUGCGCCAGUACUGGAACCGACGAGAAAAGUAACGAAGAGUACACCAAUCGAUACGAAUUCUUGAAAUCCAUAGCAUCCAUCCUUUUGAGCAUGCUAAUCGCUGUAAUGGAACUCGGUUCAAAACUUUGGUCUUUGGAGGAAGAAGAACUUCUUCGGUCCUUUCUUCCAAUACUCAAACCAUUGUCGCUUCCAAUUGAUAAACAUGACCGAAACAACAAAGACGAGAUGCGCGAGUAUGCAGCAAUGGCCGAUAUGGCGGCAUACGCCAUGGCAAUGAUUGCUUGCCGUGGAUCAAACAAUUCUGAGCUCCAAGAAGGGGACAUGGACACAACGACCCAAAAAAUCCUUUCCCAUUCAAAGGAGGACCGUCUGCGAAAUAUUCUGAAGGAUGCCGAGGCGGACCUCGGAUCUACGCAACCGCCAAUACGAGCGAGAGGAAUGGUUUCGCUAGGAAAACUGGCUCGUGGUUUUGCAGGAACACUGUCGAGUACACAGACGAUUCCGAAGCUAGUCAUGGAGCUCGAUGAAGCCGGAGAAGUGUUGGGGGGCGACAGGGCGCAUGAUUUCUGGGUAUACGAAGUCCUACGUUUGUCAAUGAUCGCCCUUGGUGACUCCGAAUCAUAUGUCUAUCUGGCCGCGGUGCAGACCAUCGUUGCGGUCGGUGACCUGUGCCCCCGGCAUAUUCUUCCGCUCAUUGCCUCCGCAAUUGUCGUAGGGGAGCUUGAUUCUCUUUCAGUAUCAAAAAAUAGCAUCAAUGCAACACCAAUUCGUUUGUCACAAGAGCAAAUCAUCAAGUUGACCGAAGCGCUCAUUUUUAUUAUUCGCAGAAGGGCCGUUACUGAUGAGUACGUUCCAAUUAUAGUCAACCUGAUGCUCCAUGGAACGGCAAUAAUCGAGAAGGACGAAGCUGUGAAAGCUGCCCGCAUUACUGAAAAAGAAAAGAAAUUGAUACACAGAGAAACAGCCAAAUACUUUGAAACCAGUGUUAGCGACGACGAGUUGAACCAAAAAGAGUUGUGGGAAGAGAGGGAUGUGCUCCUAAAGACGGGCGGCCCUGUUUUUGAUGUAGAGGAAACAGAGGUUGUGCGGUCCCUGCGGAUCUCGAUUUUAUCGGAACUCUUGGCCGAGUCUUCGUCGGCAGCCUUUGCGCCUUUCCUAAAAGCGAUUGUCCGUCUAGUUGUCGAUGCUCUCCAGCUACAGUCUCAUUCAAGGGCAGUGACUAGAUCGGCAGCGCUUCUGGCAAGGGAAGUUUAUGCGAAGGUGCUGUCGGAAGGCUGGGACCUGUCCAACGCGUUGGCCGCUGGCGGGGUUGUAGAUCGUUCAUCUUGUGCAGUCAUUCCUGUUUCAGUGGCUCUGGUAGCUAGUGGUGAGGAGGAAGUCUUGUGUGCCAUUCUCAAAAAAGGAAGCAGUGACUCAAUCUCCAAGGCCACGGACCCCACCCUGGUGAGUCGGUGCCGGGAAGCUCUUGACCUCAGGGUUCAAGCCGAAGAAACAGGGAUAUUCACUGCCGCCAUCCUGGUCUUGGAGGAAGACAAAAAGCUUGGCGAAUUGCCAGGAAUAUUCCGUGAGUUGAUAUCGGUUGGAGGGGAAUCAUCACUUGGCAUCGACGGCGAAAAAAAUAUUUUUCAGCUAAAUCCAAUUGAAAUGCUAGAAUAGAUAGAACAAAGAACAAAUCAUGCCUGUGAAUCGCAAUUGAUGUUUUCCUUUACUUCAAAUGUUUCAUAGCGUCGAAUGGUGGUAGAACCGUAGUAACAAAUUUUGUUUUGACGACCCAAGUAAGGAUAGAAAUCAAUGCUCAUGUUCAUUAUCUCUAUCCUUCCAAAACUAAAUGUAUUCCUCGCAGUGAAUUUUUAGUUGCCCUAAUGGAACGCAACACUACGACAAAGUACUGGGUAUGUUAUGCUCAGGAAUAAAAGAAAUCAUUUUUAUUGCAUUUUUUUUUUCGUGGAAAGAAAACUACAAAACAAAAGAAGGCCAAGUUUUAAUUGAGCAACCAGAGGAUAACUUUUCUCCAAUGAUCAUCUAUGAUGAUGAUAUGAUCUUGGUGGUGGAUGGUUCAAAAGUUGUACUGGCAGUAAUUCUUCGUCAGAGAUGGCGCUAAUACGGAGUCCAAAGUAUUUCAAUAGUUGCAACAUAGUUCGCGAAUAGAUUUUAGUUGGUUUUCGUUUGUAUUCGCACCAGGGUAUUGGUCUUUACCAUUCACUAUCUAUAUUUUCUAAUUAGAACACGACGCACCCUGAGGCUCUUCGAUAUUUCUUCGUUCAACAAAUGGUUGUUAGUUGAGUUUCGUUACAUUCUUAUUUCGACUUGGAUUUUUUGGACGCCGUUUUGGCCUGGAGUUCCGACAAUAUUCCGCUUACGGACAAACCAAUACCGGACCAUCCCGUCAGCGAGAGCGAAUGCCCCUUGAGGAAGAUAGACAGCAAGACAGAGAAAAUCUUGCGCGUUGUGGUUACCGUCGAAAGGAUGAGAGGAUCGAAGUUGGCGAUCGUGUAGAAAAUAAAGGACUGGCCGACGGCGGAGCAGAGAGCAAAUCGAGCAAUCUUUGACAUGAUUUCUGGAUUUGCCAAUAAAAAGGCUCCCCCGGUUGCAAUUUCUCCACAAAGUCCAGCAAUGACGACGGCUGUCAAGCACAUAAAGAGGUUCGUCCAAAACAUGAAAUCAUAUGGCUUGGGCUUGACACCAACCUUUGCAGUUUCUGUUUUGAGGCGUUUCUGGAAUCCGGCUGUUACGCCGUCCAAUACCAGAGACAAGACAAUGUAAAAGACACCCAUCAACGAGUUGUCUCCGCCAGGUCCUUUCUUUUUACCCAUUGAGACAAUGGCGGUUCCUCCAAUGAUAGCUGCAACCUGCAGAUACUCUCGGAUACUGUAGGUCGCCCCUCCCAACAAAAGAGACCCAGCCAUGACCGGUGCCAUCUUUCCGGACUUGGCAAGGGUGGCGACCGGAAAGGAAAGGCCAUUGGCCAAUGCCAAGCUAGUGCAAGCCUUCGCAGACACCUGAGCGGCCCCGCUGAUUCCAAACAUUCGAAGAGGGAUUCCUUUGGUGGGUCCGGUCAACUGCAUGCCCAAAAAUCCAACAAUGACGUUUGCGAGCGCCUCCAUUACCUGAAGAAACCAUGCUUGCUUAAAGGAAUUCMCAUCAGGAGAAACAUAGCGAAAUACAUCUUCCUGCAGGGAUCCAUAAUACAAAAAGGCGGCAUAAAUACCGCCGGCGCCGAUGAGCAGCUUUACGCUGUCGGGAAGGCCGGUCUUGUCGGUCGGUGCCGAAACGGAGGAAUCACCACCCAUGAUUGCAGUGAC